CUCAACAACCCCAAUUCAAUUUGGUCUACCAAUAUAUCCCUAAGUCCAACUUGACAUAACUCUCUCCACCCCACACCUUCAUGGAUUAAAAAUCAUUUGACUAGUAGAAGCUUUAAAGUAUUAGUUAACUACUUUCCUUCUCGUAAAUAGCAUGCGCUUGAAAAAAAAAACACUUCUUGUUUCAUACUCUCUUUCUCUCCUUGUCCAAACGCAGAUCUUCUGCAGCUAUGAUCCCAAAGAACACUCGUUGUUUCAUUUUCUCCAUGUUGUUUUUCCUAUGUUUCUAUAUUAACAUCAAUCUUUCCCUAGGGGGUGACAGCAUCAGAGCAAACAAAUCACUCUCUGGAGAACAAACAAUCGUGUCUUCUGGUGGGACUUUUGAACUGGGAUUCUUCAAACCAGGUACUUCUUCCAGUUAUUAUAUAGGAAUUUGGUACAAAAAUAUUAGUCCAAUGACCAUAGUUUGGGUAGCAAAUAGGGAGACACCCAUUUCAGACAUGAACUCGGCAGAACUUAAGAUUUUAGAUGGGAAUUUGGUGCUUAUGGAUAAGUCCCAGGUUUCAAUUUGGUCUACAAAUGUAAACUUGACAACCUCAAAUUCUGUAGUCGCAGCUCUAGGUGACAAUGGAAAUUUAGUAUUGAGAGAUGAGUCAGAGCCUAGGACAAGUGAAGGAUUUUGGCAAAGUUUUGAUAAUCCAACUGAUACGUUGUUGCCCGGUAGCAAGAUUGCCUAUAAUAAACACACAAAAAAAGAGAAAGUCCUCACUUCUUGGAGAAAUUCUGAGGAUCCUGCAGCUGGGCUUUUCUCCAAUGAAUUAGAUCCAAAUGGGAGUCAAUGUAUUAUAAGAUGGAAUAGGACUAAAUGGUACUGGACUAGUGGACGUUGGAAUGGGCGUUUUUUCGGUUCAGUCCCCGAAACGAGUCUGUACAAUAUUUAUAAUCAUAAUUAUGUUGACAACGUUAAUGAGAGUUACUACACUUAUUCUCUUAAUAGUCGUUCCAUUAAAUCUCGAUAUGUGAUGGAUGUUUCCGGGCAAAUUAAGCUGAAAUUGUGGUAUCAGGAGAAGUGGGUUUUGUUUUGGUCUCAGCCUGGGCAUCAAUGUGAUGUGUAUGCUUAUUGUGGGGCAUUUGGUACCUGCAAUCAGAAUUCUUCGAACUUCUGUUAUUGUUUGCCCGGAUUUAAGCAAAGGUCAGAAAAUGAUUGGAAUUUGAAGGAUUAUUCGGGUGGUUGUGUGAGAGAGAUCAUUUUGAACUGUACAAAUGACAGAAAAGACAAGUUUCUGGCGAAUAGCCUUGUUAGGUUACCUUCAAAUUCACAAAGAGUGAUGGCAGGGAGUGCUGGAGAGUGUGAAUCUAUCUGCUUGAGUAAUUGCUCUUGUACAGCUUACUCUUACGAAUACAAUGCAUGCCUGGUUUGGAAUGGGGAACUAAUGGAUUUACAACGACCCACAGCAUAUAAUGGUAGUGAAAGAACGAUCCACAUUAGACUUUCCCGCUCUGCAUCUCAGUUUUCAAAAAAUAAAAAAAGUAAAGUACUUGUAAUCAGCUUUGUUGUGGGUUCUGUUGCUGUUGUUAUGGUUCUGUUGGCCACCGUAAUGAUAUGCAUAUAUCACUGGCAUAAAUCUGGGACUACGAAAGCAGUUGAGGGAUCAUCGUUAGCAUUUAGGAACAAGGACACAUUGCAAAUUAAAACCAAAAAUUCCUCAUAUAAGUUGGAGGGAGAUGACAAGAGUGGUGUCGGUGUUCCUUUCUGCAGUUGGGAAAGUAUAAUAGCUGCGACCCAGAACUUCUCAGACAUACACAAACUUGGACGUGGGGGAUUUGGUCAUGUUUACAAGGGAAUGUUUCCUGGAGGGCAAGAAAUUGCAGUGAAAAGGUUGUCAAGCUGUUCUUUGCAAGGCAUUAACGAAUUUCAAAACGAAAUUGUAUUGAUAGCAAAGCUUCAACACCGAAACCUUGCUCGCCUUUUGGGCUACUGCAUGAAGGAGAAUGAAAAGAUCUUACUCUAUGAAUACAUGCCCAACAAAAGUUUGGAUGCCUUUAUAUUUGAUAAAAAAUUAUGCACGUUACUAGACUGGAAGAAGCGGUUUGGCAUCAUCUUGGGGAUAGCAAGAGGGGUUCUUUAUCUUCAUCAAGAUUCAAGGUUGAGGAUAAUUCAUAGAGAUUUGAAAACAAGCAACAUUCUGUUAGACGAAGAGAUGAACCCCAAAAUUUCAGACUUCGGUUUGGCAAGAAUUGUUGAGGGAAAAGGAACAGAGGCAAGCACCAAUAAAGUCACAGGAACUUAUGGUUAUAUGUCUCCGGAGUAUGCAUCAGAUGGACUAUUCUCUAUAAAGUCAGAUGUAUUUAGUUUUGGAGUUGUUGUACUCGAGAUAGUCACCGGAAAGAGAAACACCGGAUUUUACCAAUCCUCAGAAGACUUGAAUCUCUUGGGUUAUCUAUUCCUACAGGUGUGGAGAUUGUGGAGUGAAAACAAGGCACUCGAUUUGGUGGACCCAAUACUGCUUGAAUCUUGUGAGAAAUUUGAAGUUAUAAAGAGCAUUAAUGUUGGGCUUUUGUGUGUGGAAGAAGAUCCCAGUGAGCGCCCCACUAUGUCAAAUGUAGUCCUAAUGCUUAGUGGCAAAACUAUUUUUGUUCCAGUUCCCAAACAACCAGCUUUUGUAAUGAGAAAACGUGUUUUUAGCACAUCUUCCUCAUCUUCUAAUAGACCAGAUUCAAUUUCCAAUGAAUUGACAAUGUCUGAUCCACAAGGGAGAUGAGGAAUUUGCUUAUUUGCUUGCAUUAGUGAUGUUUGUUUGUAUGUUCAACCAAAAUUUGCACCAAUUAGUUCCUUAAUAUCCUCUAGAAAUUGGUGUAUGUAGAACUAUGCUGAGUAAGAUAGCAAUCUCUUGUACACUUAAUUUUACAUCUCUUUUAUGUAUUUAUUUUUGGGGUA